CUUCACUUUUCAGAGCACGAGUUGUCAGACUGGCAAGCAUGGCUGACAAAGAGGGGCGUGUGAGUAACGGUGGAGCGGCUGCUCCAGCACGAAAGAAGAGACAGGGUAAACGCAAAAAAAGAGGGAAGACGGAUCCUGUUGGGGGCCAGAGUAAGGAGAUUUCUACAUCAUUGGACAAUGAUCUCCAUAAAGAAAGCCUGUAUAGUAAAGCACAUGGUGAAGGUGAUGCAGCAAACUUAGUGUCCCCAAAGGUAAGCCUUGAGUCUGUUCAACCGCUUAUUACUGUCACUGGAACAACUGAGAUUAAAGAACAUGGCAAUAAUCACCACCCUGUUGAAGAAGUUGGUGCAGGUGGUCUUGUCACCAUGGGUACGAAUGCAACUGAUGAAGAAAAAGACAAGGGCAUAGUUGAAAAGAAUGUCAUGAAAAUAGAGAAUAAUACUUCAAUAGAUGAAGUAAGUUCUGUUGAUGAUGUUGCUAUGGUUACUACCAAUGGAUGUGAUGUUAGAGCAGUCAGCGAUGCACAGCAAGUGAGAUGUGGGCAUGAUGAUCAAGUGGUUCCAGUUGUGGUUGAGGUGCCACCCACACCUGAUGAAGUGAGUGAGGAUAUUCCAAGUGAUGGUAUAACAGAUUUACAUUCACAGCCGUUAGAUAUGGUUUCCCCCGUUAUAAAAGACACUAGCGACCUUGAAGACCCUAUGAAUCUGAUGUGUGCCACAGACAAAUUAUUGGAAGAAGCCGGAAUACGCCAAAUUGUUGGUGACUCGAUGUCGCCUCUACCGGUUCAUCUACAAGAUAGAAUAGCUGCUUUCCCGGUUUCACCAUUAUCCGCUGAUCUCCUGGAAGAAGCAGGUGUCCUCACUGAAAAUACUUCUGCAGAGACCAUGCUUGCUACUCCAAAGGCAAGAAAAUGUAUGAUGGACAUCGAAGCUGAGAACAAAUGGUCCAAGACAACAUUGCUGUUUGAAAGUGAACAAUCCAAUAUGGCCAGGGAGGGGGUGAUAUUUGAUGGAAGCAUAGAAGUUGAAGUGAUGCCUAAUACAGAGUACACAGAAUCUGCUAUGAAGAGUACUCCACCAGAAGUUGCCAUGCCAACAGAUAGCGAGAAAACCUAAAUUUGACGCAUCAAGUACUGGCUGAAGAGCAGACAGUUUCUCACUCGCCCCCCAUGAUGGAUGUAUCACCACAGCCUUUUCUUGAAAGCACGUCAUCAGUGUCCUCUAACAUCCCAGUAGAUGCUUUGCAACCAACGUUGACCCCAGUCUUGCAAGCCACGGUCGGAAGAUACAAGACCCCUGAACAUUUACUUGAGGAUGGCCCAGCUACACCUGCCGUCAUUGAUCACAUUAUACUUCAGAAGGAUGGCUACAAUGCUGAAGUUGUUUUGACAACUCCUAACACAGAAAUUAAAAUAAAUGAGAAGUCGCCAUUGGUAACUACAGAUAAACCGGUGGAAUUUCUACAAGAAGUGAUAGCAGAGUCAGACCAAGAAGACCAAGAGAAGUUGAUCCAACCAAAUAAGAUGAAUUAUGAUGAUGAUGAUGAGGUGACUUUCAAACCUGAUAGAUCGAGAGAGGUGAAGUCCGAGGAUAAAACCCCAAUUUCAGUUACAGAAGCAAGAGCCUCCGAGCAAGCACCACUCUUGGGAGCAGAAAAUCAAAUUACUGAUGAAAAUAAAUUAGGUCCAUCAUCGGGAUGCUGUAGUGGGUGUGCCAUAUUGUAAAUUCAUGUAGGAUUUUAUUACCCAAUCAAUUAGACACAUUGUUCCUAGUAAUAUUAUAUUCCAUACAAACUCGUAUUAAUUCCCACGUAUUUUCGUCUGAUUGGUUAAUUAACACAAUACUAAUUAUCAUACUUAUAAGUACGAACCAUUAAGUAUUAUGCAACUUUCAAACAUCUUUAGGGUUGAUCUGAUAUUUCACAUAGUAUCAUUUUUUUCUUUUUUGUAAAAUAUGUUUAGUAUUGAGGGUACUGUAAAUGCAUUAAUUAAUCACUGGGUUUUAAUUUUGCUAUUUUCACAGAUAAGUAAAAUCAGAUAAAAUUAAAUGUGUGUGAACAUUAAGAAAAACAACAGAACUCAUUGUUACUCAGCCAAGUUCACAAACUUAAAACCUGUGAAAUUGUUGAUAACACCAAAAUAGUGAAAUUAGAUGCCAGUGAAAAUAAAUGGUUUUACAGUAUGGUUUAAUUCAGUUGUUGCAGUGUAAAUAUUAUGAAUGAUUUGAUAAUAUUAGAAUUUAUUCAAUUUAAAAAUGCUCCACCUUGUUAUAGUGGUACGAAAUAUGGAAUGUGGUUUUGCUAGACUUUCUGAAUGCAUUUACUAGUACUAUGAGGUUAUUACAAAGAUACCUCAAAGUAUGCACGAAGACAGUACAGCGGCAGUAUCGACCGACACGCAGCAGAGGUCAAUGCGCAGCGUACUAUCUGAGUGCAUACUUUGAGGUAUCUUCGUAAUAACCUUAUUAUUAUACAUCUUUUAUUUAUAACUUUGUCUUCAGUGAAAAUAUGCAUUAUACAUUAACUUUGCAGAUUUGCAAGACAACUUUUGUUGGUUGCUUGCUGAGACUUGAUGGUCUUCUUUUGUUGCAUGCUUGGUAACUUAGAACUUGAUCUUCUUAGUGUGCGACUCCGGUGGCUUAUGUUUUGUCAGUCAGAUUGUCGUUUUGGCUCAUAACAUAUUUUGUCAGUCAUAAUGUCGUUUUGCAUAUUAACUCACUACAAUUCACUGCCAGUUUUGUAUCAUACAAUUUACACUGCCUUGUUAUUUCUUUCAGACCCCCUAGUGUGUAUUUAUUUCUACUUUGUAUUUUGGGAGAGUGACCAUGUUUUGUUUUGUUUUGCAUUUGUUAUUCAUACUCCAAUCCUAGUGGCAAAAAUUCCCCCCCCAAAAAAGAGAAAAUUAUAUAAAAAAUAUAUUGUGGCAGUGUUUCCCUCUUUUAUUUUUUGUGAUAUUAGUCAUUUGAAUAAUAGAUUCACAAUGGCAUAGCUUGGCUUAUAGAAAGUGAGUGCAUUUUAGUAGUAAUUCUAGUAUGCAAGUUAAAUAGUAAGUCACUUUUAGCAAAAGCUAUUCAGCAAAUGGGUGAGGGAAACGAUACGACUUUGCAGAUAUUAAUUCAUAUUGAAGGUAUUGUACACCAUUGAAAUGGUCAUUGAAGUGUACUAUCUCAUGGAUAACAUGAAAAAAAAAAAAAUGGUCUCGUGUGCUGUAUAAAUGCCAUUGUGUGAGAAAUUCCAUCCAAGUACGGUACAUAUAAGUUUAGUAUAAAUUAUCUGAGAAUUCUGUUUCUGAAUUAUAUUUAUACUUUGUACAAAUAAAAUUUUUCUGCUCC